AUGGGCCUUUCUAUUGGCCCUGACUUCCAGAAGAGUCUGAAGGUUGAAAUAAUCCCAUGCACACUCAUGAAUAAGCUACAGCUGGGAUCCUUCCCCAAGAUCAACUGCUUCAUGCAAAAUUGGCACCAGCUAGAAAACCUCUCCAACUUCACCAAGGCCAUGAUUGGCUACAGCUUGAACUCUGCAGGCCUGUUCAAGGCCAAAGACCUGUUUGAGAGUGGAAACAUGACACAUGUGCUGGUGUCUCUUCUGGCUCUGGCAGGGAAGGUUAAGACAAAGGGGCCACGGCCUAGUGUGGACAUCAGCAUCAAGCACUCAGAGAAGCAGGAGCGGAACUUCGGUGACACCACUAUGAAGGCAGACCAGUGUGUUAUUGGGUUUCAGAUGUGCUCCAAGAAGUGUGCCAGCCCGGUGGGCAUGACAGCCCCCAGGACCCAGUGGCACAUCUCUGACACUAAGCUGGGGACCAACAAGUGUGACAACUCAUCCAUGUCUCUGCAGAUGGGCUAUAUGCAGGACAUCAGCCAGAGUGGCCAGGUCUUUGGCCUGGGCUGGCAUAUAUGA